AUGCCGUGUUUCCUCAAUCCAGACAGCCACAAACCGCCACCGCCGGCGUCAUACGUGCUGAGCUCUUCGCUCAGCAACCUAAAGCUGUCAAUCCCCAAGACUGACGUGGCAGAGGUAGCGGAAGCCGCGGUGCCGCCAGCUGUGAUCGCGGAUCUUAUCGCCUUUCUUCAACAAGAGCUGCCGAAGCUGUUCGUGGAAGGGGGCAUGAGCUCGGCGCGCUUUGCGGAUAAGGUGGAGUUUGAGGACCCCAUAACGCGCUACGACACUCUGGCGGGAUACCUCUUUAAUAUCCAGAUGCUGCGGUACCUAUUCCACCCGGUCUUCAUUCUCCAAGACACGUAUCAGUCCGGCCCAGCAGAAAUUACGACGCGAUGGACAAUGAAGAUGUACUUCUGGCUGCUGCCGUGGCGCCCGGAGGUGGUCUUCACAGGCCUCUCAAUCUACGGCAUCGAUCCGCUGUCCCAGCAAUUCAUCAGCCACAGGGACGUGUGGGACUCCAUUCAGGACAACGGCUAUUUCUCCCAGGAGGGCCUCCGGGAUUUUGUGAAGCAGAUGAUGACGGUUUACUCGCCGCCCGCCCAGCUCAACUCCCCGCCGUUUGAUGUGCUGCUGCGAAGGGCGAGCUAUGAGGUGCGGGAGUACCCUGCCUUCCAAGUCGUUCAGCUCAGCUCGCCCAUCCAAUCAGCGUCUGACAUCUGGCCGUCUGCUCCUGGCGCUCCUUCCAAUCCACAAGUAGAGAAGCUAAAAAGGUACUUCCAAGGAGCCAACAGCCAGAGAAAAACUAUUCUCGAGGGCCCCCUCAUGCUCAUCAGCCCUCCAGAGUCCGCCGGGCAGGAUAAAUUAUUAGCAAUUGCUGUGCCUCUAGGUGCUGAUGCUCCCACUCCGACCGAUCCUGACCUGACUGUUGCCACUAUGCCACGUAGCACAUGGGCGGCAGCAUCAUUUGGAGGGCUGCCAUUGGUGGAAACAUUCUCGUCAGCAGCAGCAACUCUGCGUGCUGAUGCCACCUCUGAUGGCCUGCUGUUGGCCUCAAGAGGGGUUGGCUCUGAUGGGGCUAAAGCCGCUUCUGGCAGCACUGCUACAGAUGUUGUGGAGGGUGGGGUGGCGCUGGGUGCUGCUGCUUCUGCGCUGGUGUCCUACCCGAGUGGUUCCCCCAUUCCGUUUCUCAAGAGAAACGAGGUGCUCUACAGGCUGGAAGGUUUCACGUUGGAGUCUGUCGGAAAGACAAUCAAUAUUAGCUAG